AUGUAAAAAUUAACUGAAAGUCUUGUGACUGGAUUAAUUACAACUGUUUCUGCUACAACGUGCAUAUUUCUGCUCAGAUUCCUGCCAGAAGCACCCCGGUCUCUUGCCUCCCCAGAGCAUGCCAUGCUUGCAGGGGUGUCUGUAAUCCAGCGAACCCUGUGCUAACACAGAAUAACUCUGAGAGCAACUUCCCCCAAAAGGGCGUUCUGAAAAGGCCAAACCUGGUGGAAGCUGGUCUGAUGUGGCCAGGUGAUGGUGUGCUGCUGCGUGCAGCCUGGCUGGGUGUGCUUGAGUCAACUCAGAGCCCCAGGAACCGGUUUUUCAGUGCAGCAGGGAAAACACACCCCAGGCACCUCCCUCGGCAGCCGGCAUGGGGCCCUUUCCCUCAGGUGAGGAGGAAGAGGAGCUGCCAGCCAUGAUGAAGGGGCUGAGCCAUCUGUUUGGUGCCAGGGAGGAUGUGAUGCAUGGAGAUGCAGCAGCCAACCACAACAGCUUAUUGCCAGAUGAAAGAGAAUUUCAACGUGCUGCUAAAAUGAACAAUUUGGAAACUAUGGAAAAGCUGUUUAAAAAGAGUGUUAAUAUAAACGCUGUAGAUACUCUGAAGCGCACAGCAUUGCAUUUUGCUGUUGCAAGAAGCCAUACAUCUGCAGUGGAUUUUCUUCUCCAUCACAAAGCUAGACUCGAUAUGGCAGAUCAGCAUGGCCUGACAGUGAUUCAUCUUGCAGCUUGGACUGGAAAUCUGGAUGUAAUGCGAAAAUUAGUUAAAGCAGGCGUUGAUCAAAAGGCUAAGAAUGAGGAAGGAAUGAAUGCACUACACUUUGCAGCCCAGAACAACAGUGUUAAAAUAGUUGAUUAUUUUCUCCAAGAUCUUCAUCUGACUGACUUGAACAAGCCUGAUGGGAAAGGUAGAAAGCCAUUUCUUCUGGCAUCUGAAAAAGGCCAUGUUGACAUGAUAAAUAACUUGAUUGCUCUAAAGCUGUUCACAUCUGAAAAAGAUCAGGAGGGAAACACCGCCUUGCAUCUAGCAGCCAAAAAUGGACACAGUGAAGUCGUAGAAAUUCUGCUCAAACAGUGGGAGGAAAUAAAUGACCUCAAUCAGAAUGGAGAAACGCCAUUUUACUUGUCUGUUGAAGGCGGUCAUGAAAAAUGUGCUGAGCUGUUACUGGAAGCAGGGAGUGACAUCAACAUUUUAACUCACAACAACAGCAGUGCAUUACAAAUUGCAGUUCAGAAUGGACAUCUAUCUUUGGUUACUUUUCUUAUUGAUAAGAAUAUUGAUCUGGUCCCUAAACCUGAGCAGAAGAAUUCUCCGCUCCAUUUAGCAGUCAUCAAUAAUCAUCUGCCGGUAGUAAAAACACUCUUGGAUGCUAAUCAUGAUAUAAACUUCUUAAAUCAUAGGCAGGAAACUCCUCUGCAUCUGGCGGCUGAUCUUGGCAAUGUGGAGCUGGUGGAAAUGCUGCUGAAGGCAGGCUGUGACCUCAAGACCAUGGAUAAGAAUGGAAAAACUGCACUAGCUGUGGCAUCAAGGAGCAAUUAUGCCCUAAUUGUAGAUAUGAUCAUUAAAGCAGAAAGGUAUUACGCCACAGAACAGGCACAUCUAGGUCAUGGUGAUGAUUGGUUGGACUUUGGUUUGUCCUUCAAACAAGAUCACAGUAUACAGACCAAGCAAAUUCGUUCCUCCCUUUGGAACCUGGCAUACAAUCAGUUAAAACCCCAAGAAUGGAAAAAACUGGCCCUGUUCUGGAAGUUCACAGAUGAACAGAUUAGAGCUAUUGAGGAACAAUGGACAGGAAAAAAAAGUUAUAAAGAACAUGGACACAGAAUGUUGCUCAUCUGGUUACACGGUAUUUUGCUGGCUCACCCGAAUCCUGUCAAGCAUAUAUAUGAAGAUUUGGUGGCAGCAGGAUUUCAACAUUUAGCUGAAAAGAUCCGAGCUCAAAGUAGCACUGACAUGGACUCCAGAAAAUGUGAAAUUUCAUGAGUUCAUUGACAGAACAUUGUAUAAUGGAAUUACAUGCCAGAAGGAAAGGGACUUUUACAUACAAACAAUUUUCUGGAAACUGUGAUGUAUUUUGAAGCUGUAUGAUUUUUUCCAAGCUAGAAGUUGCCCUCCUGCAAUAUUGGUUAGCUCUUUCUCAAAUACUUUGCUAUAUAAUGAUUUAAAGUGAAUGGCUGGCUGAUAAUUUACAACUAUACUGUUAAGCAUGAACCAACUCCCUACAAUUUCUACACCUGGUUUAACACUGAUAUAAUAAUUCCAUAUUGGAUCUGCACAAUUAAGCUAUUUUGUAUUUGACAUAAAACGUAAAUGAGAUGUUUUCUUGCUGAAAUAAAUUUAAUAAGUGAAAAUCACGUGUAUAAAUCAACACUUCCAGAAAUAGGUUGGCACCUGGCUUCAUUUGGGAUUCAGGCUUUUAUAAAGUUUUACUAGGAUAAUAGUUUUCCCACCUGGAGAGAGCUUUCCUCAUGUUUAACUAGUGCUAGGAUUAUGACAUGUUUCUUCUUCAGCAUUUAUGUAGUAAAAAUAAACAAAAAUAUCAUCUCCUAAAACCACCUGCAGCUGGUAGCAGAACUUCCUGUCAUGGCAUAACCUUGUUUACAUACUCAAAAUAGAGUAUUUGAUAUUUUAAUACUUAACACAGUGAUCAUCUAUUUCUUGUUCAUUUCCUAGUAUUUGGUAGUGACUUGAUUAAUGUUUAAAGGUUUUCUGAUUGCUGAAUAUAUUUCACAUCUGAAAAAAUGUAUAAAUUGUAAAAAUACUUGAUAUUCCCAUCUGUAACAAAACAGCAGUUUUAGCAUAUCAUGGAAGUAUUGAAACAUUGCCUUGUCUACCACAGCUAGCAUUAUUUUGUACUGAACUUUACUGUUUGUAUGAAAAAGCUGAUAGAUAAUCUGUAUCUUAGUCUUAUGCCUAAACACCCUCUCACAUGCAACCUGCUUUGACAAGGCUCCAGAGCAUUACAAGAGAUGCAGGCUGGUAAAUCCACAGUUUGGAACUGUUUUGGAAUUAGGGAUUUAAGUUAAAUUACAAAUUCUUAGGUCCUGACAAGUAUGUACCAACUUUUGCAACAUUCUGUAACGUUCUUGAGAAAUGAAAAUGCUUAACAUUUUGAUGGACUCUAGUUACCUCACACAGCCCAAACCACAUCCUGGUUGUGAAGGCCAUUUCCCUGUUAUUCUUCAUUUCAGUAUGCCACUGUAGGAUAUAACUCAA